AUGUGCCACGCCAUCUACGCACCGUUAAUUUGUGUUGUCUCGUUGUUAAUAUCGUUUUUUGUAUGUUAUGGCAUAGCCGUUGGGAAUGAUCAUGUGGAUGCGUGGUUGCCCUAUAUUAGUGAUUGCGGCAAUCUACCCCCGGAGAGCUGUAUUUUUGGAACUUUCAUGGCUAUUGGGGCUUUUGCCUGGGCAUUAACUGUCUACUACUUGCACCGUCAAAUUUUACGGCGUUGCGGAAGCCAAAACUCUCGACUUGUGAUAUUUGCGUAUUUUAUCCUGCUGCUCGGCUGGCUGUCGGCGCUCGGGAUUUUGGUGGUUGGGAAUUUUCAGGAGGGUAACGUACUCGCCGCCCAUGACGCUGGCGCCUUCACUUUUUCUUUGGAUUCGUCUUCUAUUGCUUUGGCUAUUACGCCAUCUAAUUAUCUUGAACAUCGUGAUAUUGGCUAUCUUGAUAUUUCAUAUGAUAUGUCUUUUGCCGAGCCAUUCGUCCAAAGUCCGGGCGGCCUAACGCCUACCAAACCCGAUUUUGAGAACGGGAUCGAGCGGUAUGAUGUGGACAGCCCGUUCUACAACAAUCACAUUGCCACGACGCUCUCCGAGUGGAUUUUGGCGCUGUUGAUGCUGUUGGAAAUUGCAACGUUUGUGAUUGAUUUGUGGGAUUAUAAGGACUAUCGUACGGUUACGCAAAGCGCUUCGGAAAUUGUGGGGUUUACCGCCGGCCCGAGCGGCCCAAUUACGGCAGCCUAUGACAACGCGCUGUUCGACGACCCGCAGAUGAAAGAAGUACAUGCUACACCCGCGUACGGUUAUGACUCAGAUACGAUCUAUCGUAAAGGAUUGCCCCGCGUGACGAUGACCUCCCUCGACCGUAACCAAGCGUACCGGGACCCAUAUAUCAGCCGCGAUCGUGACGGGUACACGUUUGAUGCACAAUAU